AUUAAAAAUGCAACCAUUUGUAUUCUUGUGUCCCAUUUUUCUUGGUAUAUUCAUAUUUUAUCUCUGUAGUCACAAAAUCCUGCUGAGAGAAAUGGCUGAAACCCUGGAACAAGAACCCAUAUAUUUCUUUGACCAGAUCAAAACCAAACAAAAGCGGAAUAUGAAAAUAGAACCAGGAGAACACUUUGUUGAUAUAAAUUUAAUCAGCACAGAUCCAGAUCCUCAUGAAAUUCACAGGAACUCUGGAUGCAUGGAUGAACACAGGGAAAGAAAUUAUGCUUUUGUGAAAGACAGUAUAGGAAAGAAAGAACCAGUUUCUACUAGAACAGAUGGUCCUUCUAUACCCAUAAACAUUUGUGAGAAUCCUCUGGCUCGCCUCUCCCAAAUACCUUCAUUUCCACCUACAGAAGAAGACCUGCGGUCAACUUCACUGAAAGAACAUAAAUGCAUGGCUGCUACCAUAUUAUGUGAGCUGGAAGAAAUGUUGAAGCAUUUUACCAAGUUUAAGUUUAUUUUACCACAAGGGGUUUUAAAUAUAUUGAGCUCCAGUUGGAAAGAUCUCAUUGAAGGUGUCUGGCAAAAUAAAAAAUAUUUGCAGGAAUUAGCAUACAAAAACUUUAAAUCAAGGAGAAGACAAGCAUCAGAGGAGUCCAACAGAUUGCCACCUACAUUUGAAUAUACUGAUCGUGAGAUGGCUAAAAAUGUAAAAAGGAAAAGCAGGACAAGCGUUGAUUUUCCCACGGGUGCAACAAAAGGAAUGGAUAAUCCUGGAACUCUGUCAAACAGACUCAAUGGAAGCAAAACUGCAGUCCCACAGCAAUAUAGCAGUGAUUCACCUUUUGCAAUCAGUUUCUCACUGUCAUCAAAACUAUGCAAGGAAAGAGGUUGGGUUUUUCAACAUUCUGACUGUGACUCUAAAGACCUAGAAUGGAAAGCACCGUAUGUCUGGGCAGUGGAAAGAUUACGAAUGGCAAAGAUCGAAAUAACUGAGCAGCAGUCUAAGCUGAAAGAAUCAGGAUUUGACAAGCCUAUUAUUCUUCGUCAUUAUGGUGAUAUCAAGAAGGAAACCUUUCCCCAAAACAUCAAAGGGCAGCCCAGUAAGAAAGUCUCUUCUGAGAGCCUGUAUGAAAAACCACAGUUGCCAGUGAUCAAACAAGCUGAACCAGCCCUAAAAAAACUGCACUAUGGAUUGGUUGAUGGAUCAUCCUUCAUUUACUACCCCUCUGGACAUGUUGCAGUCUGUCAGAGUUACUCUGAUCUUCCUUGUGGUGGCUUGUACACCAAUAUAUUUAACGACUGUCCCGAUCAUGCGUUAGUUGGAACUUUUACUCCUUCUGGACAUGGCAGCGUUUGCCUCUCUAACAGCACCAGCAUAGCAAUGAUAUUUAAUCAGGAAGGAGGCAUGGUGACUAAUGAAGAUGGAGAAAUACUACGCCGGUGGAAAUGGCCUGGAGAAGGGAAGCUUGAUGAUCCAGUUAUUAUGCAGGUUAACAGGUGCAUCACUGUGAAGGUUGCAGGACGCUUUGCUGUUGGAUUGCUUUACAAGUGGCGACAUGAAAGCGUGCGUUUGUCUUUGUCACCGGUACGAGGUGUGGCUGGUCCACAGUUAGAAAACCUGAGCAAGAUAUUCACAGAAGUUAAUCUAUCAUCUACAUCAGUAAAAGGAUUUUCUAAAACACAUGGCAAAACAGAAGAGACAAAAAAAUCUAUUAAAAAAGAAGAGAGAAUACCUAGAAUUCCUGAAGGGGAUCUAAGCCAUGUCAAAGACUACAACCCUACCAGAGAAUUAAAAGUGCUGAGAUGUAAAAUCAAGAAUGUCCUAGAAGACUGGAUGGAAUAUUACCGGAUAGCCUUAGAAAUCAGCUCAUCACACACACGCAGAACCUCAGCCUUCCCUCGGAUUGCUGGCAGGCGGUGCAAAACACAACAUGCGGGUGCUUUCCUUGGCUUCCCUACAGCACAGGGAAAAGAGAAUGACAGGGAGACGGAGGCCCCUACACCAGGCAACCAUCCUCCUUUCCAGUCUGUUCCGUCUUGCCGCCCCACUCAAGGUGUGUCAUCUGGUUCUUACAGAGACCCUCAUUUAUUGAGCCGCACUUUCAGAACAAAUAAACCACCCAUAGCUCACCUUAAUAUAAACAAUGACACACUCCAAACCUCUCACAAAGCAAAUGAAGAGGCAUGCACUGCAUCACACAGUGCCUGCCCUGUAGUCCUUCGAAGAACGAUGCUGGGAGAUGAAGUGAGGAUAUGCAGAUGCAGCAACCAUCAGAUUCCAUAUGUUACAGAUCUGGAAUACGAUCACAUUAUUAACAACCAGAUGUCUUCCUCUGAGCAGAUCACUGUGGUCUGUGUGACUACUUCAUUGAGAGCAGCAGAUUAUUACCCCAGCACAGAUAAGCACCUAGAACAGCUCUAUGAGAGAAAGAACAAGAACAGGAGUAUGCCAUGUACACAGGGUCGCCUGGACUCUUUUCGCCUGCUCAAAUAUGAUAUUGGGUCUGCAGAUGAGUUUACAGGCCACUGUGGAUCACUACUGGUGAAAAGGCAUAAUAUUGCUCCUGGCAUGUUUUUGAUGUACAUUCAAGGAAAGCUGCUCUUUGCCAACUACAUUUUCAAUGGAUACAGCAAAUCAGUGAAAGAUCUUCAAAAGCAGAUUGCCCUGACAAGGAACAAUUACAACAGGGGCUACCACUUACCCCCUGAUUAUAGAUUGAGUUCUCUUGAAAACAGCCUGCAGAGUUACCCUGAACAUACUCAAACAAGGAUUUCACACGAUAUUUCUAGUUGUAUUUGCUAUGCCACUGACAGGAGAGCAAGCACCCAUGAUUUUGUGCUAUUCAGCUUAUACAAAGGAGCCACAUGCACUCAGGAACCACUCAACAAAUGAAGCCAGAUGCAAACUCACCAUAAGCUGCAGAGGAUCAUUGUACAGGAGAAGAAGAAAAAGCCCAAGUAUGGAUAUGAAGUGGAAGAGGAAGAACUUUGGAAAAAGAUGUGUGAGACAGAUGAAGGUUGUUUU